AUGCAAGAUGAUUACCGCGGGGAUCCCCCAAAUCUUCCCUCUCCAAACCUCACUAUCCCCAGCAAACUCCCAUACGAACCUAUAAACGGGUCAAACGAACACAUUCUACCUCCCUACACAGAAUCCCUUCAUAAUGUCAACGGACCAGAGGAUAUGAGUGACGCGUCGACAGAGUCACACCUGUGGACAUUACAGACCCCAUCGGCAGAUGACAGCUUAAUUGAAGAUGAGCCAUCUAGGCAUGUGGAUUACCUUUCACAUGACUGGAAGGAGGAAGAUAUCUGGUCCUCCUGGCGUUAUGUGACAAGUCGGAGAAACGAUUAUAGUAAUGGAGUGAGACUGGAGAAUGCUUCUUGGAGGACAUGGGCUAAGGCCAAGCAUAACCUGAAGACGAUAUCGCCGGAAAGCCUGAAUUGGCUGAAAGACUGUGAUGUCACCUGGCUAUACGGGCCACUAAAAAGUUCCGACCAUGCAACCUCGCCUUCCCCCCCUCCGAGUCGCUUGGACACACCAAACUUCUAUCUAGACCGAAAGCCAAUCCUGAAGAAAAAGACCGCCUCCGAGGCCAUCCUCCAGCGGUCGCUAUCGCAACAUACCUUACUCCAGCAUGCCGGGGCCAUUCUCAAAGCUCAAGAAGCCGAGAACCACUGGGUUCGACCCCCUUUCCCGAGGUCCAACACAGACUUGGACCAUUUGCAUCACCGGACUGGAAGCUCGACCUACUCUCUCGGUGGCACUCUCACUACCUCUUCAUCGUCAGGGGUGACAUCUCCAAGCGAACGGCGCCACAUUCACUUCAACAAUGAAGUCGUACAAUGCAUUGCGGUUGAGGCUAAGAGCUAUGAGGAUGAUUGGCCGGCCACAUUUGACGAGUCAUCUUCCGACGAUGGUGUAGUCAUGAUGAGACAAAUCUCCGGCCGGUCCUCUCUGAGCAACCACACCCCACGCAACAGCUCCAGCGGCGACGGGAAAACCAUCGCUCCUCUCCCUUCAACUACGCUCAAGUAUCGGGGAGAUCCUCCCGAGCCCGCUCAGACCAUCCUUGAUCGAUGGUCUACCCCUACCCGGACAUUGUCACCCACUCCCUCUGUGGAGACCAUACGUCCGUCGGGCUCAUCAGAGCCCUCGGCUAACUUCCUUUUGGAUGAAUGUGAAGAUCCCAGUCUGGACUUCACGGGCAAUUACCCCGAUCGCGAUCGUGCAUGGCUCAUGGAAGAUGAUCCAGCAUCAGAUCGACCCCUCCGAUUGACUGCUUCGGGUAUGAUCAUGCCGGAAGGCGAGACUGAGACCUCUAGCAGUAGUAUCUUGGAUCGGGUUGUGGACACUGUGAACACUGCCCGAGACAUUGCCCAUGUAAUUUGGAAUGUGGGCUGGCGCCGCUGA